AAGUCUGUGAUGCAUCUGACGGUAAAGAGACUGCUCCACAUGCUGCCUGUAGACAGAAUCUAAGUGAACCUUUCUCCUGUCUUUGUGAUUCGAUGUUUCCAGCAAGAUAAGGAACUUUUUGCAUCCCACAGAGGCGUUAAUACACAAACCCUUUCCCCUUGUGAUGGGUUUUAGUGGGAAAGCAGACAUCCUUUGAUUUGCCUACAGUGAUAUGCCAUGCUUGCUAGAAGUGAGAUAUUAGGAGCUGACAGAACGUGGUUUUGAGCCGCCAGCUUGAUCACCAGCACAUGCUUUGGAAUAAUUCUCCCAGAUUAGUGCACGUGGAUGUCAGGCAAAGUCCUCUGGGUGAGCUUGGCCAGGGCUGUGCCCGUGCACGGGGUUGUUUUUGCUUCACUCAUCGGUAGGUCUGAGCUGCUGUUUUUGCCACAGCUGCUGUGUUGGUACACAAGAGAUCUGAGGCUCCCAGUUCCUCUUGGCAGCAGGAGGCCUGCGCUCCUUCCUCACAUCUCCUGCCAGCUGGAGAGGUUCCUCAGGUGGUAAAAGCAGACUUUCUCCCAAAGGCUUUUUGCUUGGUUGGCAACUCAAGUGUAAACAGUAGAAGAAGAGUUCAGAGUCCUCUUGGCUGACCUAAAGCCACGGAGUUUACGAUAAAGACAGAGAGUGUGUGCUGGCUCGAGCAACCAUCCCCUCCGAAACAGGCUCUGAAGUUAUGUAAUGCUUGGACAACAUGCUGCUUCCCAGUGAUAAAGUUUUGGCAGGUACCUAAGCAAAUAAUGCAGAUCCCAGUUUUGUGGCAGCUCUUCCGUAACUCUGUGAGCUCAUUACCUCAUUUUAAAGGCACAGGAUGGAGCACUGUGGGGAGCUAAAUGAAGCUGGGCAUCCUAGACCCACUUGCACCUCCGAGUUGCUGUUUUGCUUUCUGUGAAGCCAGGCAGGCACAGCUGGUGGUGUUGCAAGGCAGGGAGACGAGGAUGGUCUCUGCUGACUUUGUUUCCAAGCAGCCACAAUUGGUGAGGAAAGGAACAGUGUAUCAGCUAAAGUGUGUGUGCAGUGGGGCUGGCCCAGGGGACUGCUGUCUGUGGAGAUGGUGGGUGUUGUGGAAAAGGCCAGUGAUUGGAAAUGCAUCUGUCUGAUCCAGCAAAGAAAACAAAGACCUGAGUUUUUAGGGGUGGCCUGAUCAGAGGGGAUUCUGUCCUUUGUUUCUGACACAGGAAUAGUUUGUGCACUCUUGUGUCCCUGCCCCGUUAGCACUGGCUCUCCUACCUCCAGUGUAGAGCAGCACUGACUUUUGUGGAACAGACAGAAUGGAAAUUCUGAGGAUGGAGACAGUCCAAGAAACACCUGCUAUAAAAAAAAAAAAAAUCUGCUGGCAUGCCCAGCCCAAGGCCAUGAGAUCACAGAGGCCAUCACCUGGUUCACAUGGGCAUCCUGCCGUGCUGAGUUCUAGUCAGGGCAAAAGUGAUGUUGACCUGACUCUUCUGAGAGCCAAAUUUGACCCAGCAGACACAGAAGAGCCGCAUCAAAGCGGCACAAAGCCAACCGCUGUGUUAUUUCUCUCAGCCCUAUCUAAACACGUGCUUUUUAUUGUGUCCUUGCUGCAGUUUACUGUGAGGGCUGGCAGAAGGGACUCCUUGAUGAUGAACGUUGGGUCUCGGCAUGGGCUUAUUAAAUCAUUGUCUGCCCACCCCGGCAGUAACCGCUCCACGCUGAGACCCUCGCACCCACCACCCUCCCUCUGCUCCCCUCUCCAGAGCUCCCACCAUGGUCAAUGAGACCCAGCAGAGCUGCAGCGCCAGCUCCAGCUCCAGGUCCGAUGGCGGCAGCAGCAGCGGGAGCGAGAGCUCCAAGGACAACUCGCGCUGCUCCACCCCGGUGCUCGACGCCGACCGGCACGAGCGGCUGCGCGAGAAGAUGCGCCGGCGGCAGGAGGCCGGGGACAAAUGGUUCUCCCUGGAGUUCUUCCCCCCACGCACAGCCAAUGCUGCUGUCAACCUCAUCUCCAGGUUCGACCGCAUGGGAGCAGGUGGCCCACUCUUCAUUGAUGUGACGUGGCACCCCGCAGGGGACCCGGGAUCUGACAAGGAAACGUCUUCCAUGAUUAUUGCCAACACUGCAGUCAACUACUGUGGCCUGGAGACCAUCCUGCACAUGACAUGCUGCAACCAGACCAAGGAUGACAUCACGGGGCAUCUGCAGAAGGCCAAGAGGCUUGGGUUGAAGAACAUCAUGGCCCUGCGUGGAGAUCCUGCUGGUGAGGAAUGGGAGGAAGAAGUAGAUGGUUUCAACCAUGCUGUUGACCUGGUUAAGCACAUUCGCAGUGAAUUUGAUGAUUACUUUGACAUCUGUGUGGCAGGCUACCCCAAAGGUCAUCCUGAAGCAGAGAGCUAUGAGGCAGACCUGAGGCACCUGAAGGAGAAGGUCUUUGCUGGAGCAGACUUCAUCAUUACACAGCUUUUCUUCCGACCAGAAACCUUUCUCAAGUUCAUGAAGGACUGUCAAGCCAUUGGCAUCACCUGCCCCAUUAUUCCUGGCAUCUUCCCCAUACAGGGUUACCACUCCCUGCGCCAGCUGGUGAAGCUCUCCAAGCUGGAGGUGCCUCAGGAGAUCAAAGAUGUGAUUGAACCCAUCAAGGACAACGAUGCAGCGAUCCGGAACUACGGGGUGGAGCUGGCAGUGUCCAUGUGCCGGGAGCUGCUGGACAGUGGGACGGUGCAUGGGCUCCACUUCUACACCCUCAACCGGGAGGUGGCCACCACUGAGGUCCUGAAGCGCUUGGGCUUAUGGAAGGAGGACCCCAGGCGGCCCCUGCCCUGGGCAGUCAGUGCCCACCCCAAGAGAAGAGUGGAAGAUGUUCGGCCCAUCUUCUGGGCCUCCAGGCCCAAGAGCUACAUCUACAGGACCCAGGAGUGGGAUGACUUCCCCAAUGGCCGGUGGGGUAACUCUUCCUCUCCAGCCUUUGGGGAACUGAAGGAUUAUUACCUCUUCUACCUGAAGAGCAAGUCCCCCCGGGAGGAGCUCCUGAAGAUGUGGGGAGAAGAGCUGACUGGUGAGGAGAGUGUCUUUGAGGUGUUCACGUGUUACAUCACUGGAGAGCCCAACAGGAACGGGCACAGGGUCACCUGCAUGCCUUGGAAUGACGACCCUCUGGCCACCGAGACCAACCUCCUGAAGGACCAGCUGGAGAAGGUCAACAGACGAGGCAUCCUGACCAUCAACUCCCAGCCAAACAUCAACGGCAAACCAUCCACAGACCCCAUUGUAGGCUGGGGGCCCAGUGGGGGCUAUGUUUUCCAAAAGGCCUACCUGGAGUUCUUUGCCUCCAGCGAGAUCGUCACGGCGCUGCUCAAGGUGCUGAAGAAGUACGAGCUGAGGGUGAACUACCACAUUGUCAACGUCAAGGGCCAGAAUAUCACCAAUGCUCCAGAUCUGCAACCCAACGCUGUCACCUGGGGCAUCUUCCCAGGCAGGGAGAUCAUCCAGCCCACUGUAGUGGAUCCUGUAAGCUUCCUCUACUGGAAGGACGAGGCCUUUGCCCUGUGGAUCGAGCAGUGGGCCAAGCUCUACGAGGAGGAGUCGCCCUCUCGCAUGAUCAUCCAGUACAUCCAUGACAACUAUUACUUGGUCAACCUGGUGGACAACGACUUCCCCCUCGAAAACUGCCUCUGGCAGGUCGUGGAUGAUACUUUUGAGCUGUUGAACUCUCCAACUCAGCAGUGAAAAUCCCUCUUCCACUCUCUUACUUCCUCCUUCCGUCCACAGAGAAGCAGAAGCAGCUCUUGUGCUGGUGAUGGGUAACACACUCCUAAGGCCACACUACGUGCUCUUCUGUCCACAGCACAAAGGCUCCCUGAGCCCUUCUCACUGAACAAUAGCCAGAACUACCUGAACCUCUGAGCUGAGGCUCCAGACUGAGCCUGAAGGCCAGCUCUGCCCGAUGAAGAGCUGCUAAUGGCUGUGUUGAUUACAAGAACAGAGAAAAAACUCCACGGGAUUCUGGUAACUUUCCCAUGCCAGAAAUGCUGCCUUGGGGGCAGAAACACUCCUGUCAGCUGUGCCUAUGCAAGAGGAUUAUUUCAGUAGUUACCAACCCGGAAAAGAAGGUCAAAUUGCAUUUAUAUUGCACUCCUAAACUGUAUUUCUUCAUAAUUGCUCAUAUCAGGUUAUUUUGCACUCACUCCAGAAGAAGUUUCAAUAUUUCUCCCUAUCUUUUCUCCUUUUAUUGUAUUCCCUGUUUUCUUUUUAAUAGGACUAUGUGAACUCCAGUUCUGGAUUAAGCUACUUAAGAAUCAACACUAUUCCUAGAUCAUGUAUA